UCUGUUUCAGUAACGUUUCAGUCAAGUUCUGUAUGGGCCGCGGAAGGUGUAGCAGGUCAGAGAUGAAGAGGCAUCGGGAGUUCUUUGUCGUCAUAGUUACCUGGAUCCUCAGUGGAGAAUUACAGCACGUCUGUGGAUGUGGUGGGAACUUCACGGGCAUCACCGGCGCCUUCACGUCCCCCAACUACCCACAGAGAUACAGCAACAAACUUCACUGCACUUACAUCGUCGAUGCAGGAGCAACGUUGAUCACGCUCGUGUUUGAAGAGUUCAACAUACAGAACUAUAAUGAUUAUGUCCACGUCUACGAUUCUGCUGGAAAUCGUUUGAGCCGUCUACAAGGAAACAGACGAGGUUACAUCGUCCAGUCCGCUGUCCUCUAUCGUGUUGAGUUUCGUACGAAUCACCGGGGCACAAGAAAAGGAUUUAAGGCUGUAUGGGCAAAGACCAUAACGGAACACGCCAGGUACGGAGGUUAUGCCACUCUGUCCUGGAAUCUGCCACAGCCUGGAAUCAGGGAGUUCACUGUGUGGAACAACAGUUCGGGAGAAUACAUACUUCACAUCACUAACUACAACAACGUCAGUGCCGCCAGUGAGAAGUUGGCGUCCAGGAUAGACUUCAUCGGGAGUAUAACACCAUCAGGUACAGGACUGUUUAGGUUUGUCAUUCGCGAUAUUAUUUGGGAAGAUGCAGGUCGUUACGAGUGUUACAGAGGCUCCAUGAGUGGAAGAGGAGCUAGGAUCCCUCACUGUGGGCAGGAGCUGACUGUACUGGGAUGUGGUGGACACUUUAACACAGUCACAGGUUCCAUGACCUCACCCAAAUACCGGGACAGCAGAAAGGUGCGACUUUCAUGCAUAUACACUAUCAACGCUGGGUCAACCUCCAUCACACUUGUGCUUGAGGAGAUGAGCACGAGGGGCUAUCUCAGGGUUGUUGAUGCCUCUGACAAUACGCUUGAAUUACUGUAUGGGAACAACACUGGAUAUAUCAUGCAGUCCGCUACGUACUACCGUAUUCUCUACAACGAAUACGAACCGAGCAAAGGAUUCAGAGCAACAUGGUCAGUUACCACAAGAGAGCACGCCAGGUACGGAGGCUAUGCCACUCUGUCCUGGAAUCUGCCACAGCCUGGAAUCAGAGAGUUCACCGUGUGGAACAAUGAUAGGGGGAAGUGUAUACUUCACAUCACUAACUACAACAAUGUCAGCAUUGCCAGUGAAGAGUUGUCAUCUAAAGUGAAAUUCACUGGCAAUAUCACAUCCUCUGGAACAGGGCUGAUGCGAUUUAUUAUCACUGGUGUCAGAUGGGAAGAUGAAGGCCAGUAUGUUUGUUACAGAGGUCCACGGGCUUUCAGAGGGACCAGGAUAUCCAAGUGUGGACAAGAGUUGGAACUGCUUGGUGGUUGCGGCGGUUACUACAGCGCGGUAUCGGGUUCGUGCACCUGUUCCAAUGUUUCGUGCGACUACAAUGGAGAGUGUGUCUACAUCAUUGACGCCGGAUCAGCUCUACUUACGUUGGUUCUUGACUAUUUCACAACUCCAAGCUCUUUAGGACGUAUCAAGGUAUACGACGUAUCCGGAAAGCUCCUGGCUGCGUUACAAGGAGACAAGAUAGGAUACACCCUACAGUCAUCCACGUACUACCGGAUCCAGGUCGAUUGCUGUGAUUAUGAAUCGCCGAACAAAUUCAAAGCAACAUGGUCAGAGACCAUAACGGAACACGCCAGGUACGGAGGUUAUGCCACUCUGUCCUGGAAUCUGCCACAGCCUGGAAUCAGAGAGUUCACUGUGUGGAACAACAGUUCGGCAGAAUACAUACUGCACAUCACUAACUACACCAACGUCAGUGCCGCCAGUGAGAAGUUGGCGUCAAGGAUAGACUUCAUCGGGAGUAUAACACCAUCAGGUACAGCGCUGUUUAGGUUUGUCAUCCAGGACGUCACUGGAGCUGAUGCAGGUCGUUACGAGUGUUACAGAGGUUCCAUGGUUGCAAGAGGAGCUAGGAUCCCUCACUGUGGGCAGGAGCUGACUGUACUGGGCUGCGGUGGGCACUACAACACGCCUUCAGGAUCCUUCACAUCUCCCAACUACCCUGGGGAAUACAACAACAGUCUGUCAUGCAUCUACACUAUAGACGCUGGGUCUACAUUAGUGACGCUGGUAUUUGAAAACUUUCUGACCGAGAAAUUUGAAGACUUUGUUCAGGUCUACGAUGCCUCCAAAAACCUUCUGGCGUAUCUCCAUAAAAACAGAACGGGGUAUGUGCUCCAGUCGGCCAUUUACUACUACGUCAAUUUCACUACAAAUGAUUAUGGUGCACGAAAGGGCUUCAGAGCAACAUGGACAGAGACCAUAACGGAACACGCCAGGUACGGAGGCUAUGCCACUCUGUCCUGGAAUCUGCCACAGCCUGGAAUCAGAGAGUUCACCGUGUGGAACAAUGACAGGGGGAAGUGUAUACUUCACAUCACUAACUACAACAAUGUCAGCAUUGCCGGUGAAGAGUUGUCAUCUAAAGUGAAAUUCACUGGCAAUAUCACAUCCUCUGGAACAGGGCUGAUGCGAUUUAUUAUCACUGGUGUCAGAUGGGAAGAUGAAGGCCAGUAUGUGUGUUACAGAGGUCCACGGGCUUUAGAUGGGGAGAGGAUACCCAACUGUGGACAAAAACUAGAUGUGUCUGGUUGUGGCGGGUACUUUAGCACAACCCCAGGCGUGAUUUUCUCACCAAACUACCCCGGCAAAUACGGCAAUUACCUGACUUGUACCUACAUAAUUGACGCAGGAUCAACCCUAGUUACAUUGGUUUUUGAAGAUUUCCUUACUUACAACAGCGAAGAUUAUGUCAAGGUACACGAUGCGUACAAUAAUCUCCUGGCCCAUCUCACAGGCAACCAAACAGGGUACAUUGUUCAGUCUGCCUCUUACUACAAUGUUUACUUCAAUACCAUCAGAUUUAAUAAAGGGAAUGGAUUCAAAGCCAGAUGGUCAAACACCACAACUGAGCACGCCAGGUACGGAGGUUAUGCCACUCUGUCCUGGAACCUGCCACAGCCUGGAAUCAGAGAGUUCACAGUGUGGAACAACAGUUCGGCAGAAUACAUUCUACACAUCACUAACUACACCAACGCCAGUGCCGCCAGUGAGAAGUUGGCGUCCAGGAUAGACUUCAUCGGGAGUAUAACACCAUCAGGUACAGGGCUGUUUAGGUUUGUCAUCCAGGACGUCACUGGAGCUGAUGCAGGUCGUUACGAGUGUUACAGAGGCUCCAUGGUUGCAAGAGGAGCUAGGAUCCCUCACUGUGGGCAGGAGCUGACUGUGCUGGGAUGCGGCGGGUUCUAUAACACAACUUCCGGCUUCUUCAUCUCCCCCUACGUCUACAGCUGGUAUGAAACACAUCUGCCUUGCUCCUACACCAUUGACGCCGGAACAACGUUAGUGACGCUUGUGUUGGAAAACUUGGAAACUCAUGUUCACGACGUCAUCAAGGUGUAUGACAAGUCCCACUCACGCCUGGCGUAUCUCAGCUACAAGUGGACGAGGCACAUCCUUCAGUCGGCCACGCUCUACAGGAUCUGGUUUAUAAAAAGGCCAAGGUUUAAAGCCGCAUGGUCAGUGACUACGACGGAACAUGCAAGAUACGGAGGGUACGCCACUCUGUCGUGGCCCCUACCAACACCUAGUGUUGAAGAGUUCACCGUGUGUAACAGUGCAUCGUCAGCGUGCCUCCUUCAUGUCACGGGCUACGUGGAUACUGCCAACUUAUCAUCCAGGGUGAGAUCUAUGGGCAGGUCGUCUUCAUCAGGGUCGGGACAGUUCCGAUGGCUGCUGUAUAAUGUCACGUGGCAGGAUGAGGGCUACUACCGGUGUCACAGAGGUUCUCCUGGUGCUAGGGGAUCUGUAAUCCCGAACUGUGGACAGAACCUUACAGUGCUAACGGCUACAACAGUGUACACUAGCCCGGGUGGAACUGCCUCUUUCUCUAUGAAACUACCCAGGCCUGGAGUGAAGGAGUUUACAGUGAGACGAUGUCCAUACUGGAUGGAUGACCUGGCAGAUGGGUCAGAAGUGUUCCGUGUAACCGACUACAGCAGCGUGGUGACAGCCAGGGAAUACGAGUCCAGGGCAUUGUUUACAGGGCACAUCACAUCAUCAGGAGCUGGAGUCUUCGGUUUCGUCUUACACAAUGUCGACAUGUGGUUUAAAGAAGGAGAUUACUUUGGUGUUACUAACCAAUCUGGGUCUGGAGAGUCCGUUGGUGGACAAAGACUUGUAGUUCUGAAAACUCAAAUCCCGUAUAUUGUGGCCUCGUACGGACGUCGGCCGGGAAGCAUCAGCUUGUCCUGUCACGUGAUCUGCCAAGAAGACAACCAGGAAUGUCCCCCGGAAGUGUCGGUGACCUGGAGGAAGAAUGGGGUGGUGCUGGCUGAGGGAUAUCAUAAGGCUGUGGAAACCUGGGGGUGGGAGAAUAAUAUCUGCAGCUACUACAGCACGCUGUAUGUGAGACAGUGGAAGCCAGGGGAGAGAUACGAGUGUCACGGUGUGGUGGAACACACACUAGUCUCAGGGUGGAGUGAGGAGUAUGUCGUGGAGUCAGUGUGGCCGGACAGUGACACAAAGUACACAGUAGCACGUGAAGGGAACAACGUCACGCUCUCGUGGUACAUGCCUCUGUUCGGGCGCAGUGUUUCUGUUAAGAGCCCGGAUUAUAUAAACUUGUUUUCUAUGGAGCUGACUAAUAUCUUUGUAACAAAGACGUACUAUCCACGGUUGAAGAUUCUGGGUGUCGUCACCUUGCCUGCUGCUGUCGUUGUGAGGUUGAAACUCAACAACGUUACUGUCGCUGAUGCUGGCGUAUACGUCUGUGAACAAACUAGAACUCCGCGGUGGAAACACACCCUGUUUGUGUCAAGAACACCAACGACUCCUAUAAUGGCUUACUCCGAGUUUCAACAGAUGACGCUCCUGACAUGCUUGUCGAGAUCACGGACACUUCCUGAAGAUUAUCCUACGAGACUGUCCUACAGAUGGCGUACAGAAGGUCCUGGUCGUGAGGGCCAGGUGAAGGAAGGGCCUUCUUUACUAAUCAGUAAGGAGGAUACUGGCACCACACACUUGUGUCAAACUGACGAAGAUGGUGCGGUAACGACCUGGACCUCUGACCGACCUCUGUAUGAACUCUUCAUCACUGACCUGACCGUGAAUGACCAGGAAACUGUGGUGAUGGACGACAACGGGACGCUCAGAUUCACGUGCAGGGUCACAGGCUACCCCCGAGCUACAGUCUCCUACAUCGUGAACCACGACAAUGGAGAAACACAUGCUCUGUCUGAUUGGCGUCACGACGUCACCAUCAGCAGCAUCAACUCCUCCUAUCAUGGACAAUACACGUGUGCAGCAUCCAACAUGAUGGGAGUCACCCAUGGAGAUGACCAUCCUGUAUUUGUUAAAGUCAAAUCGAGUCCAGUAAGAAUGGACUCCGACACAGAUUCCCUAACAGUGCGUUACAACAAACACGACAUGACUGGGACGUUUGUCAUCCGGGCUUACCCAGAACCAAAGUUUGACAAGAUGUACUUCUCAAGGAAUGAAAACACGAUUGUGGACAUUUCAAAUCGACAAAGACCUAAACUCUCCGUGGUCCCUGUUAAAGACAACUUGUUCAGGUUCACGUUCACAAUCACCAGAGUGCUGAAGGCUGAACUGGGAACAUACAAAGUUUCCAUUGGCAACGAGAUGGGGUCAGUUGAUGUCUUCAUCCGGCUGCUGGAUGGAGACACGGGAGCGACAAAGAGGAAUCUGUACGUCAUCAUGAGCCCUCUGUUGAUCGUACUUGCCGCGAUAGUGCUGCUUUCAGUCUUCUUGUUGCCUCGGAGACGACAAAAGAAACCGAGAGUAUCAAGCAUUCCCCCUGUGACAGAUGAAUGCAUGGGCGGUAUUGGAUUGCAAACAUUCUCUCCCAGCGACAGCCGCGAUGUUGAAGCCAUCACUGAUGAUGACGGUGUUCAGCACGAUACCGCUGUUGGUCACCAGGGACCAAACUAAGAUGUGUCAACACAUAAUAACGUGGAAGACAUCCCCCUUGGUGAUGUUGCGUCUUCACCCGGACACCUGGAUGUAGAACUGUAAUAACUGUGAUGUUGGGUGGCUUAUGUACCAAUCUUCAGACAUUUCAGAUAUUCCCAUCCAGUAAUAUCAUUUAGCACAGGCUAUUGAAAGGGUCCUUUUGGCGAAAUAUAUAAUUAUAUAUAUAUAUGUAAAUAUAAUUAUCAUUAUAUACAUAUGUGUGUGUGUGUGUGUGCGUGUGUGCGUGCGUGCGUGCGUGCAUUUUUGUGUUAAGAAGGCUGAUUUUAGAGAUUAUCAGAAACGUUUCCAAAAUUUAGUCUUCCAACUAAGCUGAUUUUCUUUGGACACAUCGAUACAACCAGUACAAACAGUUUCAGAAAAUUAUGCCGCGUUAACAACUCAUACGUGUUCCUGGGAAAGUGCAAAAAGUGUCGUUUUAAAUCUGAUUUUGACACAUUUGUCUAUUGGCUCAUAUCAGAAGCCCAAAGAGAAAUAUGCAUGGCAGGGUGUCUGAAGUUUAAACAAACUGACUGACUGACUGACUGAGUAUGGUUUUACGCCGAUUUUAGCAAUAUUCCAGCAACAUCACGGCGGGGAACUCCAGAAAUGGGCU